CUCACAGGAACGACAUACUGUCUGCUUACUUCUAAACCUUUUUAUGUUUUAGUUCACUGUUAAUUUCCUGGGAUGUGAGGAUGCUUUUAUUAACUGUGUCAUCUGACUCAUCUGAGAUGUCAGAUCUGCCUUUGAGAUUGCAGGUUGUCGAACAGGAAGUUAUUUUGAUCACACCCUCUUUCACUUCUCAUAAACCCCCUGUGCCUCUGCUGUGAGGGCUUGAGUUGACUUCCUUCCAGAAGACAGAAUGAAUAAAACCAACCAUACUUCCAACUUUGAGUUUUAUCAGAACCAAGUUCUACCUGCUCUCUACUUCACCACAUUCAUCAUCGGUCUGUUUACUAAUGGAUGGGGCUGCAGGACCUUGUGGCAGAAAUGGAAGAAACUGGGAAACAUCAAUGUUUUUGUUCUGAACCUUGGACUUGUCAAUAUUUUGUUCCUGCCCAUCCUCCCUUUUUUCACAUUCUACUAUUUAAGGAAAGAAUGGAUCUUUGGAAGUGAAUUCUGCAAGGUGACCAGGUUCUGCUUCAACCUGAAUUUAUACUGUAGCAUUGGGUUUCUCACCUGUAUAAGUGUGUACAGGUACCUGGCCAUUGUCCAUCCAAUGAGAGUGAAGGGUAGACUGACCGUGACUCAUUCUGUGGCUAUAUCAGUCCUGGUUUGGCUGUUGGUGAGCAUUCAGAGUCUUCCAGACACGUCCUUUCCCAAAAUAUUAAGAAAAAACACCACAAAAUGCUAUCAUACCACAACCAUACCCUAUGUUGAGGAUUACCUCAAAUACAGCUUAGUAUGGACUGUGACUGGAUUUUUCAUCCCAUUCCUCAUCAACGUGGGCUGCUACGGACAUGUGACUCUUGUGCUCUGCCACUCAAAUAAUAUUGACAAGGUACUGAAACAAAAGAGUUUAAGGCUGCUGUUCAUCUUGACUCUUCUCUUCUGUGUUUGCUACAUCCCCCACCACGUGUUAAAGAACCUCACUCUCUAUGCAAGAGUUUUACGUAAACGGAAAAUUUACGACAUCAGCUGGGAAAAUGAUGUCUUCAAAGCACAUCAGGUUAGUCGUGGUCUUGUGUGUCUGAACAGCGCUCUCAACCCUCUGGUUUGCCUCCGUGUAAGUCAACAUAUUCCUGCUUCAAUCAGAAACCUGUUCCUGCGAGUUCACCAGAUGAUUUCCGUGACAAAAACUGAUGAAGAUCUGUAACAGUUCUAAUGUGGACCUAAAAAACGAUAGACAAUUACAACAAACAGUUUGACUGAAUUACAUUAUGUAUGAAACUAUAUUUCUUGUUAAUUAUUGCUGUAUUGUGCACAUUAAUGUUUGCACAUUGUAUUAUAUUUUUAAUUUUUCAGCUUCAUCAUUGUGUUGUUCUUGUAAAUGCAGCAGGAAACAGGAAACCUCUCUAAGAGCUGCAGUGGUGUAAUUUUGUACUUAUUCUUUAUGAGCAUUUUUAUUGGCCUAAUUUGUUGUUAUUGUUUUUGGCUUUAUUCGUUAUCUUGUUUUUACGUUUUACCUCUAGUAUUUUUCUCAUGGGUAUCCUCCACACCAGGAGCUAUACCUAGUCAGUCUGCAGGAUGGUUGCCUUGGAGAUCACCCUGGUCGGGGUGGUUGGUGGGGCCCUACACUGCAGCUCUGACUGUGGUGUGUCUGUGUGUGUUUUAUUAUAUAGAGUCAAAAUUUGUUUUUAUUGUGUAAAGCACUUUGCUCUGCUUUUGUAUAGAAAGUGCUUCAUAAAUAAAGUUUGAUUUGAUUUGA